AUGAACACGAAAGUGGAAAAAGUGAAAGAUGAGCCAUCCAGUUCCCGAUUGGAAGAGCCCGAGGAGUUGCCCGAUUUGCCCGACUCGACCACCGAAUUUCUGAGUUGUUUGGUGUGCGGACGAACACCUGGGUUUCGCUUUUAUGGAUCGAUUUGUUGUUACUCUUGCAAGUCUUUCUUUCUUCGGGCCGCCAUCACGAAAAAGCAACUCCAUUGCCCGACAUCUGGGUGUAAUUUUUUAAAAUCGCGGUGUCGUGCGUGUCGCUUCGAGAAGUGUCUCAAAGUCGGAAUGAUACCAGAGAUUGUUGGUAGAAGGGUCGACUCAACAUUACGGCUCGAAAAACCGUCUACAUCCUACGCAAAGAAAAUGAAAAAGAUUAAAGAAGAAAUCGACUCAAGUGGAGAUGAAGUCGAGUGUUAUAGUCCGGACACAACUGUGAAUUCAACUAAAGCAGCGACAAUUGUCAAGAAUCACCUCUUAUUGCCUGCACUCGUCUUUCCAAAACCGUUUCGUUUCCCAGCUUUGCAAAACAAUCACAAAGCUGUUCAAGCGCUUGUCAAUGUUGAGAGAAUGUGUCUCUUCGAGGACUCGCCAUUAAAAAAUCAAAUCGAUUUCAAGUUCAAUGUGCAAGUUGGCAUUGUUGAUUUAUUGAUAAAUCCGACUGUUGUGUGUCCUCGAGUACCGAUGGGUUUUCAAGCGAUUCAAGACACCGAGGUGUGCCCGCCAAAUUUUAUAGGAAGGUGUUUCGUUCGUGCAAUGCUUUACUUGGUUGAUUGGGUUCGCUCGAACAGUGAAUUCAAUUUGAUGCCAAUGAUUGAUAGGAUCCAAUUCUGUGCCCGCCUCUUUCCGAUAAUGUAUCCACUACAAAUUUUCUAUUACACUUAUAAAGCGAAAUGCGAGGGUGUGUUGACGGGGCUUGGUGGGCAAUAUAUUGAAGAGGGUUCUCCACUGUUUGGCUCCGAUUCGGAUAUUCGAAAUUUCUACAAACCUCUUUGUGAUCUCACCCAGGGCACUGUCAUUCCGUUGUUAAACGAUAUUGGGAUCACCGAAGAUGAAUAUGUUGUGCUGAAGAAUGUUCUGAUGUUCAGUUCUAGUCUAGGCCUUAGCGAGAGCAGCGCUUUCAUCGUUCGAAACGCUCGACGCCGUUACGAGGCCAUGCUUGUGGAGACAGUUUGCUCACGGGUAUCUGACGCAGCGAAAACAGUCGAGGUGAUGGGCAAAAUCAUGCAAUUUGUCUCAAUCAUUCAGGGCCUCUCCCAAAUCGCCACUCCAUAUUUUGCCCGAAUGACCGUGAUGAACACGGAGGGUCUUCGAUCUCAGCUCACCUCGGAGAUUUGGCUGAACACCUUG